AGUGACAAGUUGACAACAUGGCAGGUUUUACAGUUGCCAGCCGGUUUCGGCUGUGACAAUAUUCAACAAAAAGAAGCCUGAGUUCACUUAAAAACCAGUUAAUUAUCAAUGAAUAAACUUAUUUUUAACAGUUUAGUGCGUGGAACUAUAAAUUAUUGUAUUUAACACGGUGAUUGUACACAUCAGUUAUACUAAAUACACAAUUAUAUGUGAAUUAUGAGAUAAAGGAUUGAUUUAGUUGAGAAAUUCUAGUGUAAAGGCAAAGAAAAAUGUUACCAUUAUCUCAUAAAGAUAAUUACCACAGGGGUUUUGGUUCCCGAAUUAAGGAGUCUGUGUAUGGAUGGAUUCGGUUGAUAUUUUCAGACAGGAAUUCCAAGAACUUAUUUUUAUUUUUGCUACUUAAUCUAUCUUUUGCCUUUAUUGAGUUAAUUUAUGGUGUAUGGACUAAUAGUUUAGGUUUAAUAUCUGAUGCCUUCCAUAUGUUCUUUGACUGUACUGGUUUAUUAGCUGGAUUAGUGGCAUCAGUAAUCACAAAGUGGAAGGCAAAUGAUAAAUUUUCUUAUGGCUAUGUACGAGCAGAAAUAUUGGCAGGGUUCGUCAAUGGUUUAUUCUUAUUGUUUAUAUCCUUCUUUUUAAUGUCUGCAGCUGUGGAAAGAGCAAUUGAACCACCGGAGGUAAAACACGAACGACUGUUUAUCAUUUCCGUGCUGGGUCUACUGGUGAAUUUAGUGGGUAUUUACGCAUUUCAACAUGGACAUGGUCAUUCGCACGGCGGUUCGUCACAUGGACAUUCGCAUGGUGGCAGUGGAGGACAUGGACACGGUCACUCGCACAACAAUCACUCACACGACCACAACAUUGACAUAGACACAGGUGGUGCAAACUCCCAAAUUAUGAAAGGGGUGUUCUUGCACAUACUGGCCGACACGCUGGGCAGUGUUGGAGUGAUCAUAUCGGCUGUUCUCAUGAACAUGUUCGGUUGGAUGAUUGCAGAUCCAAUUUGCUCUAUGUUCAUCGCGAUACUGAUUGCCUUAAGUGUUCUAGCGUUAAUAAAAGAUUCGGUUGUCAUACUUAUGCAAAGGCAACCGUACGCCUUGGAUAAUGUAUUGCCGCAAUGUUAUCAAAAAGUGGUUGGCUUGGCUGGAGUAUACUCUGUGCAAGAACCGCAUUUUUGGACUUUAUGUAGUGAUGUAUAUAUAGGAGCGAUUAAAUUGGAAGUAUCUAAAAACGUCGAUCCCAAAUAUGUGGUUUCACAUACACAAAUGAUUUUUGCGUCAGUUGGAGUUCGGCAGAUUUACAUACAAUUGGACUAUACACCUAUGUGAUGAAUUCCUAGCACUGACAAUUAGGGUUUAAAAUUAUAAUGAAAUUUUUCAAGGCAUUUUUGUAAAUAUAAUAAAACAAAAAAAUUAAAAAAACUCUUUUAUAGGUAGAUAUAUUUAGAUAAUUGUAAAGUUAAAAAUGUACAGGCUUCUUUUUAUACAAUUUACUUUACAAAUGUAUUAUUUUCUUUUACGUUUUCAAAUAGUGAAAAACACAUUCCAUGGUAAUUUAGGUCACUCUGUGCCAAACUAAACUGCAGUUCUUCUAUAUAAUAUCAUAUUAUUCUUUAAAUUUUUAUUAUUUAUAUUACGUUCUAUAAUCAAAUUGCAAGCCGUUGAAUUGUUUUUAAAAUUUUAUUAUGCAAAUUUUUCUUUUAUUUAUAAUUAUAUUUCUAUAUGAAAUAAAUUUUGUCUUGUUGAA